AUGAAAUUCUUAUCAAUACCCAAAUCUACCACUCUCCUCCUCCUCUCUCUACACCAAAUGGACCUUACAUUGGCACAAGGUGGUGGAGGCGGCGGCGGCGGCGGAGGCGGUGGAGGAGCUGGUGGAGGAGGAGCAACGACAUGUUCGGGUGUGAGAACUCGAUUUGGUGCUCCUAGUGAAGGCACCUGUUUGCCUUGGGAAAAUCAACGCUUGGUUACCAAAAGCUACCCAGGUGACUUUGGAGGCAUCACGAACAAGGUUGAAAUCUACCAAUGUCCAAGUAGUGGCAAGCGAGUUAUUAUUUCCAAUGGUAUUCCAGAUCAUGAAGUGACGCUUCAAAAUCGACUGGCUCCUUGUGAAGUCAAAUGGGCGGUCGAAAUGCCGCUGUUUCCAGAAGUAUCUUCAUCGAAAACUGAAGUUCCAGUCAGAGGAAUGAUUGCGAUGGCAAUCAAUGGAGUUCCUGCCUAUGGUCCGCAAGAAUCAGAUGAUGCCAAUGCUGUUGAUGGCGAUGGAGCAGUUCCUGGUGCACGAUUUUGGUAUGGUCAUACUGGUGGCAAUCUGGUCUGGCAUUUUCACAAUCCUCAAAUGGGAAAGGAAACAUUUCCAUCAUCUACUACUUUAUUGGGAUAUGCCAUGGAUGGAUUUCCAAUCUAUGGUCCUUUAGAUGAUUCGAAUAUCGGACAGCUUGACGGCUGCAACGGAUUGGUGAAUGGCGACGGCGACUAUCAAUAUCACGUCCGUGCAAUUUCUCAAGUGGAUAGCAGUUUGGAAUAUUGCAAUGGAGACAGUCCAGAGACAAACUGGAACUAUAUCCUGGGCUGCUAUUCUGGAUCGGUUUCCAACUCGAAUGUCUUGGAUUCCACCAGCUACAAUCUUUCCAGCGACUGUGUCUUGGAUCCAAAUCCUACUACCGAUACGGGAGACAACCUUGUAAGCAAUCCAAUCGAAAACCCAACCGACUCUCCAGUCUCGUCUUCUAUUCCAACGGAUGUGAACAUCAUCAUUAUGCAACCCGACGACUUGCUAUUUUUCGACGAAUGGGGAGCACCGCCCAACAAUCCUACUCAAUCCAAUCAAAACACCAAUAUGCCCAGCGCUGGUAUGCCGAACAUCGAGCGUUUGCGAUUGAAUGGACUGCAAAUGAUGGAAGCUUAUGCGGCAUCUCCAAUGUGUGGAACAUCUCGGUAUUCGACCAUUACUGGAAAGUACCCUUCACGAGCCGAAACCAACAGCGGAAAUCCAUCUUCGGUCACCAUUCCAAAUACCAAGCUUCAGGGUGACGAUUGCACACGUGAAAACGUGGCUGCUGAAUUUCAAGCAAACGGAUACCGCACAGCAAUGAUUGGCAAAUGGCAUCUGUCGCGAAUUUCCGACGCCGACUAUACCUAUGAAAGUGCCGUGGAUACAGUCAAGCAAUGUGGAUUUGACACCGUUGGCGGUCUUUAUAUUGAAAACCUUGCAGCGAACGCCAACAGUUUCAACAGUUUCAGCGAUGGAACAUUCAGUCAUAACAUGGAGUGGAUUACCCAUGAAGCCAUCAACGUCAUCAAUGAAGACAGUGACAAGCCAUUCUUCAUGUACUUUAAUCCCACCGUACCUCACGCUUCAAAUUCAAUCGACGUGGCAUUGAACGAUUUCACGUGUCAAGACACUGCAGGUGGUACCUUGAUGUUUGAACCAAUGAUUCCUGGAAUGACGCAGGAAUAUGGUAAUUGCGCUGAUUACCGCCAAAGUGUCAUCGAUCGAUCCAAUAGUGAAGAUGAUUAUGGAUCAAUCUGGCUCGAUGAUAGUGUCGGGGCAAUCUUGCAAGCACUGGAAAGCAAGGGGAUUUUAGAGAAUACCAUCUUCUUGUUUCAAAUAGAUCAUGGAAUGGACGUCAAAGGGGCGAUUCUCGAAGGUGGAACUCGGAUUCCACAAUUCGUUCAUUAUCCUGCAGGCAUUAGCGGUGGGACAAAGUUGAAUGUUCCAGUCUCGACCAUCGAUAUCGGUGCUACAAUGUUUGAUUUUGCAGGAAUCACUCCCUCCUACACUCUCGAUGGGCUAUCUUGGAAGAAGGCAUUAGAAAGCUCCAGCCAGGAAGCCUUUUUCAAUGACGGGAGGUGUCUUUUCUUUGAGAUUGACCAAGAUAGAGCUGUUAGAUGUGGAUGCUAUAAGUAUCUUUCCAUCAAUGACAUCAAUGACAGCACAACAGCUUCUCGAGGAAGCCAACGUGGCCUGGACGUUGACGAUUUAAAUUUGUAUGAUUUAUGUGGUGGAACUUCCGAUUAUGUAAGCGCGAAGGACGAUAAUCAAGAGGCUUUGAAUCUUUUGGCCUCUGACCCCAACAACGAGAGUGCUUCCAAGUUGCGCGAUGCACUGGAUUGUCAUUUAGAAAGGACGGAUGGUACAAACCAAGGCUUUCGAGAUUGUAACUUGUUCGAUGCGCCUGCAGAUGAACCCGCUGAAAGUCCUUCUGAGUGUCUCGAAAAGAGUUCUGAGUGCACUUCGAGUGACGAAUGUUGCACUGGAUCUUGCAAGAUGGGCAAAUGUGUUAGCCAACCACCAACAGUGAGCAAGGAUGAACUGAAACUUAGCCGCAACCGACUCGAGACAACCUUUGGCCGCAGACCAACUCCUGGUCCCACACCUGAUCCAACACGAAAUCCAACACCUAGCCCGACACCUGAUCCGACACCAGGCCCAACGCCUGCCCCAACCCCACGCCUAACUUUUAGCCCAGUAGUGGGCACAACACCUGUUCCAACGCCGGAUCCUACUCCCAACCCAACGGAGACAGAAACCGUUAUUUCUCCUGUCAAUAGCGGGGCUCCAAUGUUAUCACCCAUCACUGAAGUACCUUUGAUGAAUCCAACUACAACGCCCACUGACGAGCCAACACCGACCAUGGCUACCAAUCCCACUCCUCUUCCUCCGACACUUGCGCCACAAGCUCAACCGACUCGUCCACCAAGAGAUGCAGAUUCUGCGGGUGCUGCGGUGGGACUAUAUGUUUCAAUCUUCUCAUCUUUGGUAGCAUCUUGGAGUCUUUGA